AACCUUUAAAGGCGUCCUCGAGCCGACGGAUAGUGCAACGAUUUAUUCGCAGUGUCGCAUCAAAAUGGCAGACCUAGAUUCCAAUUACAUAGAAGGACUUUCGGAUUACCGCUGGAAAGAAGCAGAGAUACCAAUAUAUGUAGACCGUGAUAUUGACGUUAAGGUCUCUUAAAACCGUUCUUUGAUUUUGUUGCUUGUAAUGCGCUGGUGAGAGUUUGAGAUGAACUGUAUGUAAUGAGUGCAAUUGACCUCAUCUAACGUCACUUUAUAAUUUACUGAUUGAAGGAUUGGAUAGCAAUUUCUGCUGAACCUGGGACUGACAAACCACGGGCCUGGAAAAUCACCGACUCUGGUGUAAGUAGCUUGAAGGCUGUCAAAAAAUAUCGCAAUCUAAAGUUUGUUUACUAUUCAGUGGGUCACUUUGUCAAAUUAAUGCGCAGAGUCAGUAUGUACAACAACGCAGACUCUACCCUCGAGAGCGGGAUAUAACCACUUUUAAAGCUUUAUAUUUUUAUCAAUGACCGUGCAACACCUGCUUUCUUUCAUUAUAAGUUUUUUCCUCUUGUCUUCCUCUCCAAAUUCCUUUCAGCUUUUUCUUAAGACUGUAUGGGAUGAUUUGUUUCGUAAAAAUUACUGUAAGAUCUCGAUUUUUGCCAUAUGGGGAUCGACCGUUACGAAAAAAAACCUAUUUAGAAUAUGUUGAUUGUUGAUAUAGAGUUUUGUAGGAUUUCGUGCACUGAAAAUUUAACUUAUUGUCUAAUGAUGUAGAAGUCAUGCUAGAUAAUAUUUUUGUUUUAAAACAACUGAUCUGAGUGCAUUAUGUAGAUACUUGCGUUUUUCCAAAUAAGGAAAAAAUUUCAACGCUUGUUAAGUAAUAAUAAUAAAAACAACUUUACAAUCUGCAGGGGUGAAUGCAGACCGUGUGAAAUCCUAUGCUUCACUUUUUACAGAAUUUAGUUUCAACAUUCAACUUUCAACUUUUUAACUCACUGGCCAAAAGAACUACAGAACUUUUUCUUUGCUGAGAUUCAUAUCACCCACAUUCAUUGCCAGCUAAAAUUCGCUUAAGAAGCGAGGUUUUCUUGAUUUGACAUAGAUUUUCUUAUCUCGUCCAAGUGUAAUUAAAAUGAAAACAAACUUUUUUCUGCGUCGUGAAUCCCGCGGGAUUCCUGUGUGUUUUGUUUUGCGUUCCAGUAGUGGGCGUAGUCGCUUAUUGAUUACAGUAAUCUUUUUUCCUUGUCACAGAUCGUAGAAUGGAGUUUAGCCACCAAAGGAAAAUUCUUCAGCCAAGAAGUGUACAUAGUGUUGAAUCGUACAUCUCUUAAAACAUCAGUGAGUAUAAAGAAAAGUAUACUAUGCCAAAGCUAUGAAGCAGUUUUGUCAUCAUCAAUGACCCGACAGUGAACUGACUGACUCAAGAGAGCAAUAUUGGAUGAUGAAGUAGAACAACUUAAAAUGUUCAUCUCGCUUUGUUCUUCUUACGUAUUUUAACACAAGAAAGACCCUUUAAGAGUCCGAAACGGAAAAGGUUAACAGUAUUAAGACAUAACUCCUUACCUAAAUGAGAACAUUAGUCGAAAUGACUUGAAGAACCAAAGCCAAGUUCAAAUUCUGGCUUCCUUUUUGAAAAGCUAAUUUUUGGUAGAUUUCAAAAAUAUCUGGCUCAAGUCUUUCUCCAUCGCCCAUCAAACCAUUAAUGUAACUAGAAAAUAUGGGCAGUCACGGCUGAAGGUUCACUUCUUUUAGUAAAGAGCAAUUGACUUUUUCCCUCGCUUUCUGUUUUUUUUUUUGUUUUGUUUUGCAGACCAGUUGUGAUAUCCACUGCUGGAUUGGUAAGCAAGCCUCGUCCGAGUUGUACAAAAAGGCUUUGUAUAAUGCUACUGCGUUUGGCGAGGCGGUGAGAACCCUUCAACUCAAAGUCUUUCUUUUUGAUUUGCUCGCUAUUGUUUGAAUUCUAGAGAGUUUCCGCCUCAUAACUGUUGGUUAUCCUCGAGUAACUUUUCCCGGCAUAAAAGAGACGUGUUUUGUAUUUAUGUUCAUUUUUACAAGCACGAGAAAACUGCAUUGUCAUAAAAAAGACGUUCAGAAGUUUUAUUAUUUUUCGAAACUUCUUUCGCCGUAGGUUGUAUUGAAAGUGAAAUUGGAAAUAGCAGAUCUGAAAACGUGGCUGGUGUUCUAGCUGCAAUUCAGCGAUAAUUAUGCCAGCCAGACAAGUUUCAUUAAAAAUUAACAAGAAAACUCUGUGCUUAACUCUUUCGUUACACUUUAUGUUUCAGUGAUGUUAUAGUAUUGUCGAUUAGCUGCUCGAGUGUGAACUUAGCCAUCAUCUUUAUCAUGAUCAGUUAUGAUAAUUGUUUCUGCUGAUUUUUGUCGUUCACUGUUUUAUCUACAGAUGGAAGGCAGAGCACUUGUUCACCGAGAAGUUCAAGACUUUGAAUCAAAGCGGUUUAUUAAUUAUUUUCAAUAUUUUACGGUUUUAAAAGGAGAGUAAGUAGUGUUCUUCCUUCACAAAACACUUGGUUAUCGAUAGCUUUUCUUCACCGAUGCCAUAUAACCCCGUUAAGCGCGCUUUUACGCCGAGUGUAGUAAAGAAAAGUCAAAGUACCCAUCAAGUAAGAAAAAAGGAAAUACCUCAAGGACCUGAUGAGAUCGCCUGUACCAGGCGUACAGGGGCGGUGCGAAAGUAGUGCAGAAAAGAAAUGAAGUAUAGAAGUGAUUUGAUCACUAGCGGUCUUUCUGCGAUCAUUCCCAGGCCAGAAAACGCAGAGUAUAUAUCAACAGUUAUUACACGGUACAAGAUUUCAAGGUAACCCUUUGGCACCUUCCGUAAUAGACGACAUCCCCUUCAAAUAUUUCGACAAAGACAACCCCUACCCAUGCUUCAACUAGUGAUAUUUUCCGCAGGCCCCAAAUGUACCGGCAUCCCUUUCGAGUGAUGCAUCAUGAUACAAGUCUUCAUGAAGACUUGUAUCACUUGACUUGUUUGAAAAGACCACUUAUCACUUUUUCAAAGGGAUUAAAUUGAUAUUUUGGUUCUCUAGAUCUGAUCAAAUGGCAAACUGUGACCUCCGCUCUGAAUACAAGACACGGCUUCUCCGUUUGACUGGACCAAAUGCUGCGGUAAAGUUCAACAGAAAGUACAAAUUCUAUCAUCAGGGAGCUACAGCUCAGUCAUUUUUGAUACUCGAACGGAAGGAGAAUGCAAAUAAUUUGAUGCGCUUUAAUAUCAGACAAUCAAUUGGAAAGACCUCAUGACAAAUUAUUCCUUAAAAAAAUUCUGACGCAAGCAUAAAAAGGCGGCCGAAAAGCUUUUAACUUUCGACAGUUUCUUGCAUCUCAGAAAUGUAGGUCAGAUCAAGGUAAAGUUAUCCCUUAAAUUCUAUGAAAAUGUUGGCAAACUGUUGCCAAGGAAAACAUCGACGCACGAAAUAGUGCGUCACAGGCCAUUAUCGCACUCGUGUUCGCCUGUAAGAUUCCAUGAUUUAACACGACAUAUAGAUAGGGCUUUACGUUUUAAAUAUAAAUUAUGUGAUUUCUUUCCGUGUUAUUGGUAUAUUAAAAAAUAAUUGGAAAUCAAAAGGUAAUAAUCACCCAAUAAUAAAUUAAACUAAAAACAAGUGCAUGUCUAACGCGCGCGAAAACCAAAAUAACCAUGUCACGUGGUCGCGAUUGACUUGCAGGAAAAAAAAAAUACAAUCAUCCUGGAAUACUUUUAAAACUCAAUUGAAAUUGUUUUCCUCAGGCCCUCAAGAAAAUUUGAUUUCUCCUCUAUCCUAUAGGGAAAGAUUUGCGUUCGAGAGACGGCAACGAAGAGGGGAGCACUGGACUCGAAUGAUGUGUUUAUAAUUGACAGUGGACUCAAAAUUUACCAGGUAAUGACGCCUUGCAUGGGUAAGCAUUGUACUAACUACCUUCGAUGGCACAAGAUGUUAUUUAUAAUGGAUUUGCAUGAAAACAUUUUUUUUCUUGUCUGAAAAUUUUGGUUUCUUUAUUCCCAUUAUUGCUAUCAGCAAAAAUUAUAUUUAAAAAAGUACACAGAAUUAUUAUGUCAUUUCCUUGGUUUUCAGUGGAAUGGUAUGCGUAACAAAGAUAGAAAGAAGGCUGAGAAAGCUACUGAAUACGCCAAACAGCUUCAGGUAAACAACUCAAGUUCUGUCUGUUUCACAACAAAUUAAACCGUGUAAUAGCUCACUUAGCAUGCUCCUUUGCGGUAGGAAAACAGGCAAGCUCUCACGGUAUAGGAGAGGGAAAUAGGCUCGCACAACGUUAAAAAUAUUUCCUCCCUCCUCAGCUUUCAAGACGUGGCUCUUAACUUCAGUGAAACGUAAACUUUUCUGAUGAAAGCUUCUGGUUUGAGCUCCAUGCAUUGUAGUCUUUCAUGUUGAACUCCAUGAUCUGUACUUUCAAGGUCAAGCUAGAGUAAACAAAGCUUGUGUUCGCUGCCUGCUAUGACGAGUAUAGAGUUUUAAGUCUGAGCCUCUGGGUCUAACUUCAAUUGAUUCUCUCAUUGAAGGCUGAGCGUGGAACAUCAGGAUUCACUGUGGUCAUUGUUGGUGAGUUGUUGUUCUGUUCUGGUUGUAUCAUAUAUGUAGUACUACUUACAGCUCUGUUGAAUGUUGAUGACACGUGUGCGAAUGCCAGAAUGCCCUGGUCAAAAAUGUAUAAUCUAAUUGGUUGACGCGAGUUUAUGGCCUUUAACGCCCAAUUAAAGGUUCCCAACCUGAUCUUCAAAAUGAAAACCGAAAUCUUACUGUUGGAUGACUAGAGAGUUAUUUCCUCUAACGUUGUUUUUUAAAUACAACAAAAACAUUGGUAUGUGCCUGAGAACAUCAAGUUAAGAGUGCAACUUGAACGUAAUUCAUGAUUCCCUAAAAUGUGACUUGAACUGAAGAGUCUCAAUCCUUCUCAGCAUUCCACAACUUUCUUUUCAUGCGUCUCUCGAUCAUUGAAGAACAAUUCAUAUUUUAUUUUUCUCAUUAGAUGAAAGCGAGAAGACAAAGAACCAUGCUUUGUACGAUCUUUUCCCAUAUCAGGCUAAAAAGCGAAAACCAUCCAGACAAGAGGUAAGCUGGAAUCGAAUUUAACCGUUUAAUUUUGUUACAUGGGCAUUCAAUGACUUUAUAGAGCCAUCAGCCUUCUAAUUUAUGUGAGUUAAUUAAUCACCUUUGAUAACUUCAUUAUUCUUACAGUCUAUUGCACUAACUGUUGGACAACUUCAGAAGAAAAAAAUGAUGUUUACCGUCAGUUUGUAAGUGUUUCAGGAAUAAUCAGUUUUAUCACGAGAGACUAAACCAUAAUCCAGCAUCUAUGGUCAGAACUGUGUGUGUCACCUCACUAAAGAGGCAAUGUAACUAUUGAAUUUAGGGAGGAAUGAAACUUAAUUUAAUCAAUCAUCAAUAUAUAAAUGAGUGAAUUUUUGGAUCAAAGAUUGCCAUUCAUUCGUUCAUUCAGUGAAUGAACGAAUGAAUGGAUGAAUGAUUAAACACAUAGGGGAAACGGUGAGAAAUCUUAAUAUUUGCCAACCAUAUCACCCAGGAAUCCUCGACUGGAAUUCAAGAAAGUUGCUGAAGGAGCAGAUCUGUGCAGCCGAAGGAUGAAAUCUGAAGAAGGUCUGAGAUUAUUAUGAUAACAACAGAUCGGAGGCGACAUCCUAUAUGACAGUUCAUUUGCACUUUGUAAAGAGAUACCAUAGUUCAAAGCUCAGAAGAAUAUUUUUGGAUUUCCCGCGCUAGGGAAAACUUCAUAUUGUCCACUACUUAUUGUCUGUGGCUGCAACCUGCCUUCUCUUGCAUAAUAUUCGAUGUUUCUAAUCUGAUACAUGUAUCGUGGUGGUUUUCGAUCCUGUUUCAUAAAUUCAAGUUAUAAUCCUUUAUUUUAUUGGACUGCAUCCCAAGGCCCAACGGUUUGUUUAAGGAAAAACUCGAUCGUACUUUUUCAACCAUUGAUAUGCAUUAAUAAAACCAGUCAUAUCUCCACGUCACGUACUCAAGCUUUCUCUUGGGGCCAGCCCUACAGCCUUAACUUGCUCGAUGUUAUGUCUACUUUUAUCCUGAACGAUUGAUGUAACCAGAAACAUAUCACGUAAUCCUCUUGCUGUGCCGCCCCUCGUAAAGUCGCCCUCAUGAUGGUGCAGCAUCCUUUAGGAAUGUGAUCUCAUUCCUUUUUGAUGCGGAUUUAUUAUUAAUAUUUCUACAGUGACCCUUGUUGAUGUGCGUUUCGGAAAAAUGGAUGCAGAAGACCAUUUGUUCGUUCGAGUUGGAGAAGACUGGGCAGGCGACAAGAACAGUGGCUUGAUGUAUGCACAUGUAAGUAAAGGAAUGAUGCUCGCAGGUGAGCUGCAAUUUUCAGCAAUUUCAGAAAAGAAGCCUUAAAAAUUCAGGCUUCCACGGAAUUCGAAUCCCUGCCUCCCAGGUAAUAGUUGGGUGCUACUAUCAACUGAGCUACGAAACCGCACGUUCACGUAAUGCAACGGGGGGACAUCAGAGAGGGUUUUACUUGAUUAUGAAAUCUUCGUUGGGCUGAAAUGAUAAUUUUAUGAAAGGUAAAAGAAAAGUGAAAAGGUCAGCAAUGUAAGGAACUCAAGUGAAACAUUUUGAUUCAUUAACAGCACUACCUUAAGCAGUGCCCAGAUGUGGACCAGCAUCCCACUAUUGCCGUCACUGUGGUCAAGGAAGGACAACUGUCCACUCAAUUGAAUGGCGCAAUAAGCUCAUAG